AUGCCAAUUCUUUACGAAGACUUCGUUGAGGACCUACGCGCCGUUCUACCACCUACCAUUACGCCAAGCGAUCCUUCUUGCCAUAUUUGCAACUCGGAGUAUGGUUCAUUAGGGGUUGGAGUGGUGUCAAAUCUCGACCAUUUCAACGAACUACCCGGCCACUUUCGAAGGAUUUUUAUUCAGAAUGUAGUAGAGCCAGUUACCACGCCAUGUGGCCAUAACUUCUGUACGUUCUGUAUUUGUCAAUGGCUCAUCGGAAAGGAUACUCCCGGUUGUCCCGUCUGCCGAACUCGCAUCGAAAUUCCGCAACACUUGCUCGAUUGGUACAUUGGCAACGACAUUAACGAUGCUGUCGAAGGUCUCUGCACUUCUCUGCACGUCUUCUCCUCAGAGGCUCAGGAGAUCAUCGAUGUCUUGUCUAUGUCUGUCCGCCAGUUACUCACUACUAUGACGCCAAUGCUGUUCCUAUGGAACAGUGCAGUGUUCGUGUCGGACUUGCCUAAGCUCAUGGUCUCCGUAGCUCGGCGCUUCCACUACCAAGCCAUGAGGGUCGAAGUGCCUACCGAUCUCCCAGAACUGAAGCUUCAUAAUCCUAUGGAUCGAUUGGCUGGCAUGCGCAAGUCUGACAAGACGAAAAGCCUGGCUUCGUUCACUCGCGAGGAUGCACCGUUGACUGAUCACCCUCAAUCGCACGAAAUGUACUCGCGGCUUUGUGAGCAUAUCUUCAACGUUGGAGACGAUUUAGAGAGUACAUACGAGCGCUGCUUUACCCAAGCGGAGGUGCUGUAUCUCGUUAUUAAAAAGGAGAUGCCGGAUGCGGAUGGCGGCGUUGGGAUGGAUAGGUGGGAUGCGUAUGUGCACAUGCUGUGGGUCGACGGCUUAAUGGUCUGGCAGAGCUACUGUGAGCGAGUUAACAUGCUCACAGCGAGGCGUGUGACCCGGGUUUUUGUUGAUGACGAGAGGGCAGCGGAGGGCGUCUGGGCUUACACUGUAGGCUAG